AUGAGCCAACCGGACGAGGAGAGGAGCCUGGGGCCCGAGGACCCCGAGCUGGCCGCUGCCGACCCCGAGGAGCAGUACAAGUCCUUCUGCGCCGUCGUCAUCGACAUGGGCACCGGCCACACCAGGAGCGGGCUGGCCGGGGACGAGAAGCCGCGCUCGGUGGUGCCCAGCCGCGUCGGGGUGCCGGGGCAGGAGGACGAGGCCGGCCGUGCCGACGGCACCGCCAUCCUCACCCACGGCGUGGUCACCGACUGGGACGGCCUGGAGACGCUGUGGCGGCGCGUCUUCUACCGCGAGCUCGCCGUGUGCCCCGAGGAGCUGGCCGUGCUGGUGACGGACGCGCCGCUGUCGCCGGCCGCCAACCGCGAGCGGGUGGCCGAGCUGCUCUUCGAGGGCUUCGGCGUGCCGGCCAUGCUGGUGCUGCCCCGCUCGCUGCUGGCCGCCUACUCCUACGGCCGCACCAGCGGGCUCGUGGUGGGCUCGGGCGCCGGCACGUCCUACGCGGCGCCCAUCCUGGACGGCUACGCCCUGCCCCACGCCACCUUCCGCCUGGACGUGGCCGGGGACGCGCUCACCGCCUACCUGGGGGCGCUGCGGGCCGAGAGCGGGCCGCCGCUGGGCACCGACCUGCUGUGCUACCUCAAGGAGCACUGCUGCCGCUGCCGGCUGCCCGGUGCGCCCGCGCCGCCCGCCAUCGACUUCACCCUGCCCGACAAGCGCGUGGUGGCCGUGGGCGCCGAGCGCUUCCGCUGCCCCGAGGCGCUGUUCAGCCGGCACCCCGUGGGAUGGCUGCAGUCGGGUGGCCCCCCGACCCUCCCGGUGGGAACGGGGUCCCCGGGCGGCUGCGUCACCCCCUGGAUGCAGCCGCUGCUCCCCGGUUAG